UGCAAGUUUAAAUUUUGUUUUUCUACUUCUUUCUCUUUGAAUCAAAUUCCAUCCAAGCUGGCUCUUCAGUCUCACAACCAUCGCAAGCUAAUCAACUUACUGAUAAAAUGCGCCGCUCAAUUGGGCAUGAAACAGGUACUACAGAUUCAAGCCCAGUUAAUUACCUAUGCACCUCCAUUUCUUGACCCCAACUUCGUUGCCGUCAAGCUUAUCGGGGUCUGCGCCGUCCAGUGCAAACUGCGGCAAGCUGCCCUCAUAUUCAGCCAACUUGCUGACCCAAAUGUCUUUGCUUGGAAUGCCAUUCUAAAGGCCUACGCCCAGAACCACAACUGGGAUCACACUCUUCGUUACUUCAACUAUCAACUGUCAUCCCCAAAUGUUGCCCCUGAUGAAUACACUUUCACCUCUGUUCUCAAGGCCUGUGCUGGCCUUGCGGCCGUGCUUGAUGGCUGCAAAGUUCAUGCUGUGGUCAUCAAGACUGCCUUAAACUCCAAUAUAUUCGUUCAGAACUCUCUCAUUGGUAUGUAUUUUAAAUUCGGCAAUCUGGACAUUGCUCAGCUGUUGUUUGAUGAAAUGCUGAUCAGAGACGUGGUUUCUUGGAACACUUUAGUGUCUGGGUACUCCUUAUGUGGCAAUGUUGAGUUGGCGAGAUGGGUGUUUGAUAAAAUGCCAAUAAAGAAUUUGGUGUCUUGGUCAGCAAUGAUUGCUGGUUAUACGAGAUUGGGUAACCUUGAAGGUGCUCGCCAGCUGUUUGAUGUUAUGCCUGAAAGAAAUGUGGUUUCUUGGAAUGCUAUGAUCGCUGGAUAUGCACAAAAUGAGAAGUACUCUAAUGCUAUCAACCUCUUCCAUGAGAUGCAAAAGACUGGCAGUGUGAGGCCCAAUGAUGUGACUCUUAUUAGCGUGUUGUCAGCUUGUGCACACCUAGGUGCAUUUGAUUUGGGGAAGUGGAUUGACCAUUUUAUUAGUCGGACUGGGAUGGAAUUAAGUCUCUUCUUGGGAAAUGCAUUGGUGGACAUGUAUGCCAAGUGUGGAUUCAUAGCUGAGGCUAGGCGAAUAUUUGAUAAGAUGCAGGAGAGGGAUGUAAUCUCCUGGAGUAUAAUUAUUUCUGGGUUGGCUAUGCAUGGGCAUGCAGAGGAAGCAUUUGAUUACUUCUUUGAAAUGCUUGAAUGUGGCGUAAAGCCAAAUGAGGUCACAUUCAUGGGCUUAUUAUCAGCAUGUACGCAUGCUGGGUUAGUGGAUAAGGGAUUAAAGUAUUUCAAUAUGAUGGAUCACAAGUAUGGAAUCACUCCCAAGAUUGAGCAUUAUGGUUGUGUGGUUGAUCUCCUGAGCCGCGCUGGGCGCCUUGUGGAAGCAGAGGAUUUGAUCAAUUCAAUGCCCAUUGAAGCCAAUGUCAUAGUUUGGGGGGCACUGCUUGGUGGUUGCCGUAUUUACAAGGACAUUGAACUGGGUGAACGUGUUGUACAGCGUAUCCUUGAGCUAGACUCUGAACACUCUGGAAGUUACGUUUACCUGGCCAAUGUUUAUGCUUCAGUUGGUCGGCUGGAUGAUGCUGCAAAAUGUAGGUUGAAUAUGCGGGAAAAUAAGGUAAUAAAAACUCCUGGUUGCAGUUGGAUUGAAGUUCAUAACACAGUUCAUGAGUUCUUCAUGGGAGACAGGUCACAUCCUUUGGCUGACAAGAUAUAUGCAACAAUCAGUGAAUUGGUGUUCAGGAUGAAGUUGGCAGGUUACAAGCCAAAGACGGAUCUGGUUGUGCAUAGUGUAGAUGAGGAAGAGAAGGAGGAUGCACUAUCAACUCACAGUGAGAAGUUGGCAAUUGCGUUUGGGCUCAUUAGCACUAGUAAAGGAACCACUAUAAGGGUUGUGAAGAACUUGCGUAUUUGUAAUGAUUGUCAUGAGGCCACAAAGUUCAUAUCCAGAAUCGUUGAGCGAGAAAUUAUUGUGCGGGACAGAAGUCGUUUCCAUCACUUCAAAGAUGGAAAGUGUUCAUGUAAUGACUAUUGGUAACAGAAGAUAAGGGGAAGUAACUGGGCAAAAAGGAGAAAGGUACAAAAUGAAGGCAAUCAUUGCAUCUACCUCUUGUAAAUCCCUUGUAGUUUAUGAAUUUGAUUCUUGGUGGAACUUCUUUUGUAUGCUGUUCUUGCUUGGGCCUACAACAAUUCAUAAUCUCCUGCUGAGAAACCAGAAAGAGUAUAAACUGCUUUUUGUUACAACCUCAACACUGGAUUUCCUCACAGUUUCCAAGCAGAAAGGGUUCUGAUGAA